CAGGAGGAUAUGCAAUGCGCUGCGAACGACGGCCACAUACAAGCAGGCACACAGCGUCGCACACACGCCACCCCAGCAGCAGCUUGAAGGCGGCGUGCGUGCGUGCGUCAGGCACCAUGACUCCAUACGUAGAUACCGCCCAUCCCCAGGUGGCCAGCCAGUGCAGAUCGCCCAGUCACACACAAACACGCCCUUAUAACAACCACGCACGGAGUGCUGGGGGUGCAUGAGAGCGCACCGCCGCCCUCUCCAGGGCGGAGAGGGGCGGCAGGUGGCCGACCCGCAGACACCCCCAGUGCACGCCCAUACACAUAUCACCGCCGGGAUAAGUAGGAGCGCGGCAAGACACACACACAGACCACGCCCACAUCCACACGCACACCCCUACACACGCGCACACCACCCAGACACACACACACACACACACGCAGGAAUACCAAUACCUCACCCGCAUACCCACGCCCAUAGCCACACUCACACGCAGACACACACGCACACGCAUAGGCAUAUGGAAGGCACAGUGUGGGAAGGAAAAGACCUAAUGGGGUGAAUAGGGGCCCCUCCCCCAGACCUCGUCUCUGGGGAAGGGGCGGAUGAAUGGUGCGGCGGCCUCACUCUUGCCGCGCACCGUAAGAGCACACUCCCGCCUGACUGCACACGACAAGAGAACCCACCAUCGGGCCACGACACGGCCCGUCGAGAAAUCCCUGUCAUCCCUGUAGUGAGCUUCCUUCACUGCCUUGCCUAGCUUGUGCAAAAAGGUCUCCAUAGUCGAAGACCACCGUCCAUACGACUCGAAGGCCAGAGGCAGAAACGUGUACCCUCCCCGUGCACAUGCGACGGCGUAUUGGUCCCUCUUGCGCUUCUCGGCCACGCGAAGGGCCGAGCCGGGCCGCUGGUUGGUGAGGUUCCUGGGGUCGCCUGGGCGGUCGGCGUGGGUGGGGUGAGUGCCAGUGACGUCAGCCAUGAGCUUCGAGCCGUCAUGCUGAGUGAGCACCAGGUCCAUCCGCUGUUUGUCGGUCGUUUGCGGGAGUGGGCACUGGUGGUCACGCAGAAGCUGCUCGGUCUUCACGCUGGGGCAUCGGGCCUCCUUGCAGAUGCGAUAGACGGUCGCUUGGACGGUGUUGUGUCGGCUGGUGAGGUAGCCGCGAUUGGGGCACUUGAGCAUGUGGUCGCCGAGGGGGUCGCAGGGCUUCGUGCACGCCCCACACGUCGUCGGUCCCUUCACCAGGCCGAGCUGGAACUGCACGUUCCACACGAAGGCGUCGGGGGAGAUGGUCGUCUCAGGGCGGGACGGGAUAGCUUGCAGCCAGCCCGACGCCCCGGGCCCCUUGCAGCUCUGCAGCCGGGCGCCGUCGGUCGUCGGAUGGCCGGCGGCAUCACGCAUGGCGUCCAGGGCUGCCUGCAGGGAGGCGGACUCCUGCUGGUGGAUGCGCUGGGUCAGCUUGGACUGCAGGCCGCCGACGGGGCGAAGCAUGAGGCUGCGGACGUCAGGCAGGGGUCGGAUUGGGGGGAUGGGGGGUAGUGGGUGAGGAGGUGGUCAUACGCGGCCUGGAUCGCUUGCACCCACGGCUGCGCCUCGAGUCCGGCGCGUCCAUGCACCGGCAUGGUGCGCCGCGGAAGCACCGCCCGGAGCACAUCGGCCAACACCACCGCCCCUGCGCCGAAGUACGCUGCUGGUGCGAUGCGGUGGGCAUCGGUGAGGCCGAACCCCCCCUCAGUCAGCGGCAGCUUGAGCUGACGGACGGUCUUGGUCUGGAUGUCGCCGAGGGAGAAGAGGGUGCAGGCGGCCUGAAUGAGGGCGCGGGAGUGCUUGCCAGCCGCCUCAGCGAGGGGGCGGGUGAAGGGGAGGGAGGUGCGGAGGUGGUAGUGGAACUUCGGCGCGGCGCAGAAGCGGAGGAGCUUCUCGGCGCUCUGCGGGUCUUCCAGCUGAGGCAGAUUGUCGAUAAGGUGCUGGGUCUUCUUGAGCACCUUGGCGAAGUGCCGUUCCAUAAACUCCGACGUGCCGAACGGGCAGCCCAGCACCAGCAGCCCCUCGUCGCGCACGCACACACCGCUGGGCAUGUUUGCCGGCCGGUCCAUGCCCUUGGUGAAGUGCUCGCCCCACACCUCGCACUUCUCCCGCACGAGGUUCUGCCGCACGAUCGCCAGCUCGUUCUCGGCCACGUCGAAGUCGUGCGCCACCUUGUCCUGCGUCGUGCCGAUGUAGAUGUUGUCCGCGAAGGCGACCACCAGCCGGUCAGGCAGCGCCGUCCUGAUCUUCUCCAGCACCCCAUGCAGCCCACACGCAUACCACGCCGGCCCCCCACAGUCGCCCUGUUGCACUCGUUCCUGGCUCGACACUUUGCAUGUGUAGCCCCUCUCGUGGUGAAACCACAGCUCUGCUGGCUCGCCGUACCACUGCAGGAAGUACUGCGUCAGGACGGGGAAGAGGCGAUCGACACCCUCGAGGAUGGCCUGGCGGCUCAUCGUGUUCAAGGCGUUCUUGGCAUUCAGGCUGAGGAGGACGCGUCGCUCGUCGGGCUCGCCGGCCGACAGGAACGUGCGAACAGCCGCGAUGAGUUUCUCGGAGCCGGACGCCACCCCCACUGCGUACUGGCAAGGGGCCAGCGCGGCUUCCAGCUUCGGGGAUUUCUGCUGCACUAUCGCCCGCGUGACCCAGCGACGGAUCGUCUCGCCCAUCGCAAUCGGCCGGACGCCUCCUGUCGCGACCCCGUCGUCGUCGGUCUUCUCGAACGCACUCAAGCGGGCCGCCGAGAGGAAGGGGCGGAGGGAGGGGGGCACGCGAGAGUGGACGAGGAGCCAGACGAAGUUGGGGAGGGGCACCUUGCAACCUUGCAU